UAUAUCUGAUACCAUGAAGCAGGCCAUUUUCCUCCAUUUUUUUCUUGGAGUAUUGGCUUGUUUGAGUGGCUUCUGGGUGAAUGCAGAAGACGCAUAUAGAUAUUUUACAUGGGAAGUUACAUACGGGACAAUUUCUCCUCUUGGUGUACCCCAACAGGGCAUUCUCAUCAAUGGACUAUUUCCUGGGCCAAAUGUUGAAUGCGUGACUAAUGAGAACAUUAUUGUAAAUGUCAUCAACAAGCUGGACGAACCUUUCCUCAUUACAUGGAAUGGUAUCCAACAGAGAAAGACAUCAUGGCAAGAUGGAGUACUUGGGACCAAUUGCCCAAUCCCUCCAAACUCAAAUUGGACAUACAAGUUUCAAGCCAAGGAUCAGAUUGGAACCUACAACUACUUCCCUUCCACUAAGCUGCAUAGAGCUGCUGGUGGUUUUGGGGGUUUCAAUAUUGCACAAAGGUCCGUCAUAUCAAUCCCAUAUCCUCAACCUGAUGGAGAAUUUACACUGCUUGUUGCUGAUUGGUACAAGACUAAUUUCAAGGUAUUGCAGCAAAAAUUGGAUUCAGGCAAUCCUCUUCCUCUCCCUGAUGGUCUUCUCAUAAAUGGGCUUAAUCAGGCAGCUACCUUCACGGGUGAACCAGGGAAAACCUACAAGUUCAGAGUGUCAAAUGUGGGCAUAGCAACUUCAAUUAACUUUAGAAUUCAGGGUCAUGUACUUAAGCUUAUUGAAGUAGAAGGAGCUCAUACCCUCCAGGAGACUUACGAAUCUCUUGACAUUCAUGUGGGUCAAUCUGUAGCAGUUUUGGUUACCUUAAAUGGUUCUCCCAAGGAUUACUUCAUUGUUGCUUCUACCCGCUUCACAAAGCCUAUUCUCACUGCCACCGCAAUUCUUCGCUAUGCUGGUUCCAGCAUUGCUGCCUCUCAACCAUUGCCUAUUGGUCCAACUUAUCAAAUUCACUGGUCUAUGAAGCAAGCCAGGACCAUCAGGUUGAAUUUGACAGCCAAUGCAGCCAGGCCAAACCCUCAAGGGUCAUUCCACUAUGGGACCAUACAGGUUGCGAGGACAAUUAUUUUAGAAAAUACACAAGCUAAGAUAAAUGGAAAGCUACGUUAUGCUGUCAAUAGCAUCUCCUACGAAGAUCCAGAUACCCCAUUGAAGCUCGCUGACUGGUUUAACAUCCCUGGUGUCUUUGACUUAAACACAAUCAAGGACAAGCCAACUUUUGGCCCUGCAAUCCUUGGCGCUUCUGUCAUUGGAACCACCCUUCAUGACUUUGUUGAAAUCAUCUUCCAAAACAAUGAAACCGCUAUUCAAUCUUGGCAUCUGGAUGGAUACAGUUUCUUCGUUGUUGGAUAUGGUUCUGGUCUGUGGACACCUGAAUUUAGAAAACGCUACAAUUUGAACGACGCUAUCCCCAGACACACUGUUCAGGUGUAUCCCUCGGGCUGGAGCGCAGUAAUGGUGUCUUUGGACAACAAGGGCAUGUGGAACUUGAGGUCCGCAAUCUGGUCAAGGAAUUAUUUAGGACAGCAAUUGUAUGUCAGAGUUUGGAACAAUGAAAAAAGCCUCUUUACUGAGACCGACAUCCCUCCCAAUGCAUUAUUUUGUGGCAAGGCCAAGCCCUCAUCAUAGAAAGAUUUAUCAUUGAUUGUUGUAACAUUUUUUUUUUAUAUUUUUUUUUUUAUUUUUAAAUUUCAGUUACGAGGGUGUGACUGUCAAGUUAUUUAAAAAAAAAAAAAAAAAAGAAAAAAGA